AUGGCUCACCACAGCCCGCAAGACUAUGACUAUUCCCGUCGCUACUUGCGCGAGGACAUAGUCGAUGAUCGCGACCCUCGCUACUUCGAUAACCGCGAAUAUAGCGAGGCUGUCCGGAACCGUGAUCUCGUCCCCCGGGCGGAUCCCCGCGACAGCAGCGUGUCUGUGGAGGAGGUUCGCCGCGACUUCCCUCCACCUACCGGACGAGACUACGUUCACCAAGAUGUACGCCGUGCUCGUUCUGCAGAGCCUGGCUACUACCAGGAGGACUAUGAAUAUCGCCGCACCUAUGGAACCCGCUUGGAUACUCGGGAUGAUCGUUACUCGAGACAUGGCGGUAGCCACUACGGCGAUGAUGACCGCGACAGGAAGCCCAAACACAGCAAGUCUAUGUCGAAACAAGAGAAGAUCAUUGCUGCCGUCGCUGGAGCUGCCCUGCUCGUAGGUGGCAAGGAACUCUACGAUCGCCAUGAAGCAAAGAAGGAGGGCGGUACUCCAGUGCAGCGCAACGCCUUGUCAUCGGCCGCUCUCGCUGGCCUCGGUGCAUUUGCUGCCUACCAAGGUGCUGAAUUCUACAGCAAGCAACAGGCAAGAAAGGACCAAAAGGCAAAUUACAUUCUCCAGCGUGGCCGUGAUGGUCGUCUUGAUGAAUACUACUCGGACGACGAAGCCGAUAGUAGGGAGAAGAAGGGCCACAAAAACUUUCUGGAGAGUGCCUUGGCCGCCACUGGCCUUGGAGCCGCCGUCAAGAGUCUUACUGGCGUGGGCGAUGACAGGCACUCUGAUACCCGAAGCCGCGGCGGUAGCCCCGGUUCACGAAGCGUUCGCUCCGGCUCCGGCUCCAGAGCCGGUGGAGGCGCCAGCAAGAAGCAAAAGGUUGCUAUGGCAUCGCUUCUUGCUGGAGCUACCGAGGCCUUCCGUGUCGCCAAAGAGCCUGGUGGUUGGAGAGGAGAAAAGGCUAAGAGAAUUCUCACUGCCGCCGCCGGUGCCGCCACUGUGGAUGCCGCUCACGGAGCAGACCACGGAAAGCUUGGCCUUGCUGAAUCAGUCAUUGGUGGUCUAAUUGGUAACCGCUUGAUCAACGGCUCCAGGAAUGAUAUUGAAGAAGAUCGCCGCACCGGCAGGAGCCGCUCUCGAUCUCGUGCACGAUCCAAGGAUGGUCGUGGAGGCGUCGGCCUCGCAGCGCUCGCAACGGCUGGAUUGGGUGCUCUUGGCGCAAAGAAGGCCUUUGAUCGAUCCAGGUCCCGCGGUGAUCGAUCCAGGUCCCGCGGGCGUGACCGCAGCUAUGAUUCACGAAGCCCGUCGAGAGAUCGCAGCCGAAGCCGAAGCCGCAGUGUCGUAGACAGAGCACGGGAUGGUCUUGCCAAGCUAGGCUUUGGUAGUGGUGCCAUGGUGGCCGCUGAUGAUCGUCGGCGACGAAACGACUACGACGACGACGACUACGAUGAUCGAGGCUCGCGCCACUCUGGCCGACGAGAUGAUGAUCAUGUAUACGAUGAUCCUCGAUACCGCCGCCGUGGCCAUGAUUCUGAGCGCAGAAACCGCGGUGCUUCUCGCGACCCUUCUCGAGAUCGUUCUCGAUCUCGAGACCAGUCGCGCCGGAGAGGCGGCUAUACCUCUGAAUCUGACCUAGGAGAUUCUGAUGAGGAUGAGAAGAGGGCCAAGAAAAUGAGAGGUAAGCAGGUUUUAACUACCGGCCUUGCAACCGUUGCCACAAUUCACGCAGCACAUGGAGUCUAUAAGAGCAUGGAAAAGAGGAAAGCGCGGAAAGAAGCUGUCAAGGAGGGCCUACUUUCGCCACAAGAGGCCAAAAAGCUCAAAGCCAAAGCCAUUAUGCAAGAUGCAGCUUCGGUUGGUAUUGCUGCCAUUGGUAUCAAGGGAGCACUCGCGGAGCUCAAGGAAGCCCGAGAGAUGGCCCAUGAGUGCAGAGAAUGGAGGAGUGAAAAAGCUCAGCGUCACGAGAAACGGCUGGAGAGAGAGAGACGCAAGAAACUUGGAGAAAGGAAACGAUCAUCAAGCUGGUCGUCAUCGGCGCCGCGAAACAACAACGGCUACUAUGGAGACGGCGAAGGUGAAACGUACUUCAUCGAUCGCAGAUACAGCGCAGUUUCUCAGCUAUCCCAACCGCCUCAGAGACGAGACAGCCGUUGA